AUAACAUCACUCAAUCAUUUUUUAGUGAAUGCAUAGGAUUUUUGGGUAUUCAUGAUUAGCGGCCAAACAAUUAUAAAAACCCAAAGGUCUCUUCCUUUUCCACCAUAUCAUGACUGAUGCUUUGUCUUCGGACCCCUGGAAACCAACGUUCCUUGCUCUUCCUUGCAAUUUUCUCGCAAUCCAAACACCAAAACCGUUCUCUCUCUUUCUUCGCUAUCCAAAACCCACAUGUCAACCCAAACAGAGAACCAUUUCUUCCCCAUCCUCUGCCAAAACCGGAUUCAAUUCCCUCUACACCGUUCGGUCAACAGAAAUCCAGUAACGUGAUUUCUUCAAAUAGAGUGAUCACCAACCACAUUCGAUCCGGGGAUUUGAAUUCUGCUCUGAGAGUUUUCGAGAGCAUGACCGUUAAGACAACCGUUACAUGGAAUUCAAUGUUGGCUGGGUAUUCAAACAGGCGAGGGAAAAUUAAAGUAGCUCGCCAACUGUUUGAUAGAAUUCCAGAACCAGACAUUUUCUCAUACAAUAUCAUGUUAGCUUGUUAUUUACACAACGCGGAUGUAGAAUCCGCAAGGCUUUUCUUUGAUCAAAUGCCAGUUAAGGACACGGCAUCCUGGAACACCAUGAUAUCGGGUUUUUCACAGAAUGGUAUGAUGGACCAAGCACGCGAGUUAUUUUUGGUAAUGCCAGUGAGAAAUAGUGUUUCUUGGAAUGCCAUGAUAUCGGGUUAUGUUGAGUCAGGGGAUCUGGAUUUGGCAAAACAACUGUUUGAGGUAGCUCCGGUGAGGAGUGUGGUCGCAUGGACUGCAAUGAUUACUGGGUUUAUGAAGUUUGGAAAGAUUGAAUUGGCAGAAAAAUAUUUCGAGGAGAUGCCCAUGAAAAAUUUGGUGACAUGGAAUGCUAUGAUUGCAGGGUACACUGAGAAUUGUCAAGCGGAAAAUGGCUUGAAGCUUUUCAAACGGAUGGUGGAAUCUGGGUUUAGGCCAAAUCCAUCGAGCUUGAGCAGUGUUCUACUGGGUUGUAGUAAUUUAUCUGCAUUGAAGUUGGGCAAACAGGUUCACCAGCUCAUAUGUAAAUCUCCAGUCUCGUCGAACAUAACUGCAGGGACUUCAUUGCUUAGCAUGUAUUGUAAGUGCGGAGAUUUAGAGGAUGCAUGGAAAUUGUUUCUUGUGAUGCCGCAAAAAGAUGUCGUGACCUGGAAUGCAAUGAUUUCUGGUUAUGCUCAACAUGGGGCAGGUGAAAAGGCUCUUUAUUUGUUUGAUAAGAUGAGAGAUGAGGGGAUGAAACCAGAUUGGAUCACUUUUGUUGCAGUUUUAUCAGCCUGCAACCAUGCAGGAUUUGUAGAUCUUGGUAUUGAGUAUUUCAAUUCAAUGGUGAGGGAUUAUGGAGUUGAAGCUAAGCCAGACCACUAUACCUGUGUGGUUGACCUCCUUGGUCGAGCUGGGAAGCUAGUUGAAGCUGUAGAUUUGAUAAAGAAAAUGCCUUUUAAACCACAUUCUGCCAUAUUUGGCACCCUUUUGGGUGCCUGUAGGAUCCACAAGAACUUGGAGCUUGCUGAGUUUGCUGCCAAGAAUUUGCUGAAUCUUGAUCCGGAGAGUGCAGCUGGUUACGUUCAACUUGCUAAUGUUUAUGCAGCAAUGAACAGAUGGGACCAUGUUGCUAUGGUUCGGCGAUCAAUGAAGGACAACAAGGUGAUUAAAACACCUGGGUAUAGUUGGAUCGAGGUAAAGAGUGUGGUUCAUGAGUUCAGAUCAGGUGAUAGGAUUCACCCAGAAUUGGCUUUUAUACAUGAGAAACUAAAUGAAUUGGAGAGGAAGAUGAGAUUGGCAGGGUAUGUUCCAGAUCUUGAAUAUGCAUUGCAUGAUGUGGGUGAAGAGCAGAAAAAACAGAUACUGUUGAGGCACAGUGAGAAACUGGCAAUUGCUUAUGGGCUAAUCCGAAUGCCAUUAGGGACUCCAAUUCGGGUGUUCAAGAACUUGAGAGUAUGUGGAGAUUGCCACUCUGCAACAAAGUACAUAUCAGCGAUAGAAGGGAGGGUAAUCAUAGUGAGAGAUACUACAAGGUUUCAUCAUUUCAGGCAGGGGGAGUGCUCUUGUGGUGAUUACUGGUAGGCUUGCAUAAUGUAAGUACCUUGAGAAGUUUUCUCCAACAAGUUUCAAAUGGUUGUAAAACUAUAGAAGUAUACCCUGGCUGUGAAGAAUCUCUCUUGAGGACUCUUUCCUUGACAAGAAGGCAAUCACUUUUCAGUCCCAAGUUGAACAAACUGCCAAUUGAGAAACUAUAAAGGUGCAUUUGGAUGUCACACAAAGAAUCGCAUUUAUUUGUGUUCCCAUAGCAUUUGAAGGCUCUAAUCCAGGCUGCAGAAUGGAGUAUUUCUGAGUAUGAAGCUAUCAGGCAAUAAUCUCAUGAAAUCCUUAGAAUGAACUCACAAAUGCUAUGCAAAAAGAAAUAAUCUCCUUCCAGUAUCAAUGGAAUGGUUUCUUUUUCACUGGAUGUCCAGAAGCUCUGUUAUUGGUACAUAAAGGAUGAUUCAGUCCAAAUGACAUUAUAUAGAAUAUUACAUUGAAACUUUUCCUUAGCCAUCUUCUGGAAUGGAGUAUUACUUAAAUUUGGGUUUAAA